GAAAGAGUAGUUUAUAUAGAAGAUUUAGAAAAAAGAAAACAAGCAUAUGGAAUAUGUGGAGAAUGUAAAGAACCUGGUACAGGAUCUAGAUGGUGUCAACCUUGUAAUGCUAAAAGAUUUAAGGAUAACUUUAAAAGUUGGACUAGUGGAAAUAAAAAUAUUGAUGAAUUUAUACAACAAUCACAUCUUAAUGCUGUACAUAAUCAUAGAUAUCUUGAAUGGAUACCUUUUGAAAAAUUUCAAAAUAUCACUUAUAUUGCAGAAGGUGGUUUUGGUAAGAUUCAUUCAGCAGAAUGGCCUGAAGGAUUUAUUGUAUAUUGGGAUAUUGAAAAUCAAAAAUGGUUUAGAUACAAUAAAAAAGAUAUUAAAUAUGCAUUAAAAAGUUUGAAUAAUUCUUCUGAUAUAUGUUCAGAUUUUUUAAAAGAGAUUUUUAAUAGAGAUAUUGUUCGAUGUUUUGGAAUUACUCAAGAUCCAAAUAAUAAAGAGUAUAUGAUGGGACUUUUAAAUAUUCAUAAUGCUGAAAAAGUUCACAAAGAUUUUCAUUCAGGUAAUAUAUUGAUUCUCUUACAUAUAUAAGUGAUUUAGGAAUGUGUCAACCAGCAAGUAAGCAAAAAGGAAUUUAUGGAGUAUUACCAUAUAUAGCACCAGAAGUUUUACGUGGAUACCAAUAUACAAAAGCAGCAGAUAUUUACUCAUUUGGAAUAAUAAUGA